AUGACCAGGCUCCGCGGAGCUUCACUCGAUUCCCCGGACUCCGCGCAACAUGGCGGCGAGAAACACCAGGCUUGUCGAUCAAAGGUCCCAACGAAUGCGCCAGAGGUGAUUAAGCAGAACACCAUCGAAGUUGCAAACCCUUCACGGGUUCUGCCAUGGUAUAGAGAUGAGCGCCGACGUCGUUUCAACGUGUUGGUUCGAAAAUACAAAAAUCAGCUGGUUCACGGGUGUGAUGAUCCAGGAUGCCGAACUCCUACGUGUGCCAGCCGCCGCCGGCGUAUGAGUGAAGGGCCGUACCGUCGAUUCACCGAACUGAGCGCGCGCACCCUGGCCUGCUACCUAUCCAGUUUGGACGAUGCCGAAAGCGGACUCUGCCCUAAUACGCCGAAACCCUCGUCUGAGUUGACAAUCCGUGACUAUCAUACUAUCUCGUUGCAACGAUCUCGUGCUUUCCAGGCUGCUGCAGUGGUCGCAUCGGAACAAACCAACUCGACAGCCACCCAGUCCGACAACCAUGAUCACAGAUCCAAACACAAUGGUGAAGGGCCCAGAAAGAGUGGCUCAGGACAUAGAGCUCAAGCUGCGGAUCCCGUGUCAUCCACGGAUGGUGAUCCAACGGAGUGCGGUUUCCCAGAUAUUGAUCACGCUGCUGAGCAGCCUCUCAAGGACCCCAAAUCCUUCACGCAGAAUCUUUUCGACACCUUGUCCUUACGCAUGGUUGAGUGGCUUCCCCUUCGCCGUGAGUCAGAGUCCGCGCAGUCGAAACCAAUGCGGCCAACUGGCAAUCUCGAAAACCAGCCGCAAGCUACCGAGAAGCCUCGUUCACAAAAGACUGGCGUCGACAAGCCAAAAACAGCACAGGGACAUGCAGAUACAUCCCAACCAAGCGCUCACCCUCCACGCACGCCAUCGUCACGAACUACCGGCACUCAGUCCUCCGCAGUUGAGCUUAAAAUCCCGAACCAGCAUGUGAAACGACUUUCAAUCACAGAAGUAGACCAUUGGCGCCAGUCACCGCGAUCCAGUUUGGAGGAGAAGCGGCGCCCCGAUUACAAAAAUACGAAGCUAACCAUCAACUCGCACCUCGCUCCCAAUGAACUUUCCAGCUUGACAUCACCACCCGCUCUCAAGCAUCGACCGCAAAAGCACCGCGGCAGGAUUGAGGGUGCAGAUAACCUGCGCCCUGUAGAGCGAUCAAAGCCUCAAAGACGAGUCUCCUGGGACAGUGAAAAGGUGAUCAACCAAGCCUCUCUGGCGAGUCCUGGUAAUCCCCGGUCUCGUCCCACUCAGUCUGCGGUCGAUAUCGACUCUCCAAGCUAUCGCAAAGCCAAACAUGAAACCCCUCCUCGCAAGCAAGAGUUUUUCCCGUUAGCUCAAACUUUGACACAUUUCACUCCGGAGAUCAUCAACGCCUUGGGCCAGAUCAUGAUCGAAACUGAAGAGGAGGCUGAGAUGUGGCGGGAAGAGCUUGAUCGUCUCCAGUCUAUGGGUGGAUUCGAUAAUCCUGAUUGGAGGUUCGCAACACUUCGCCAACGCCAGGUGUUCCCAUUUGUUGCGCAGAGUACCUUUUUUAUCCUGAGCAGUGCCAAGCAUAUCCUGCAUUCAUUCCGAAGGGAUGUGCUGAUUUCGAAAUCAUCAGAUCAAGGUUUAACAAACAGCUGCCUCGAUAUCGCCAGCCUCCGAGGGUCACUCCAGCAUCUGUUUACUAUCUGCCCAUGGGAUAUUGCCUUGCAUAGUGUAUGGAGUGCCUUGGACAAACUCUUCGUGCCGCCAACCGAGUUCCCUUCGUCUGCCCGAACAUCGCGCCGGUCAUCGCGCAGCUCCACUAUGACUGGCCCUGCUCCCCCGGUAGUCCGCAGAAUGUCAGAAUCUGCCGCUGAUCAGCAUCUCUCGGAUGCGGAUGCUGCUCAUAUUGCCACGGUUGCCUUUUUCGUGCUUGUUAGCGCGAUUCCCGACUUGAGCAUGUCAACAUGGCGCGGGAUCCUUCGCAUGCGUGCUGCGGGAACCAUCGCCUCGUCUGCUGACAUGCAAAAGCUCCCCGUCGAACACGCUCAGCAAGCAGUGGAAGCGACCGAUAAAUUGGAGCAUGAAUUGGGUCUUCGUUUGGUGAACCGUCUUGUCCGGGCACUCACCGCACGGCUGGCAUACCACGAAAUAUCCAAGGCACGUCAAGCUUAUAGUCUUGACCUACCCAAGCAGAGGAGGAUUAGCGUGCUUGAUCGCAUUGUGGAUCAUCUCAGCGAGCACCAUAGUCUGGGCAACUCUGGCGUACAAGCUUCGUCUUCAGACUACGCCGGUCCUGCUCUUCUCAUCGUUGAGUGGCUACGAACAUUGUUCCUGCGAGAGUGGGACGGUAACCCCGAGAUGUCUCGCAGCAGCGCUGCUGGCGGUGCUAUUCAAAUACUGGCUCUCAUGUACAAAGAGCGAAAUCGGUUGGGUCUUUGUCCAGAAGAUUUCCGAACACCUUUUCUCGCAGACCGACUGGAUCCCGUUGAGAUGCCCGUCGCGUGGCUUGGGAGCCUCUCGAAUAACCGUACGAUGCAUCUGCUUUCAUACUCGUUCCUCUUCCCGCCUUCCUUCCUCGUCAUUUAUUUCCGAUCUCUGAACUACUCGGCCAUGUCCAAAUACUUUGAGGCCGCAUUGACCACGACUCGUCAUGUCACCCAAACUGCUUUCGGUAGUAUCAGGCUUCCUGACGACGGCACACUGCUUUCGCGCAUGAAGGUCUCCAUGUCGACCUAUUUUGUACUUGUCGUCAGGCGAGACAACAUUCUUACCGAUGCAUUGGACCAGCUCUGGCGUCGGGAAAAACGAGAGCUGAUGCGCCCACUCAAAGUUCAGAUGGGAAUGGACGAGGGCGAAGAAGGUUUGGAUCAUGGCGGUGUUCAACAGGAGUUUUUCCGAGUUCUCAUGGCCGAAGCCUUGGAUCCCGCCUUCGGCAUGUUUACGAUGGAUAGUCGACAUCGUCUCUCAUGGUUCCAGCCGUGUUCCCUUGAGCCAUUGUACAAGUUUGAGCUUCUUGGGCUCUUGAUGUCUAUUGCUAUCUAUAACGGACUCACCCUCCCGGUCAACUUCCCGGUUGCAUUUUACCGCAAACUCCUGGGUCUAAAAGUCAAGCAUUUGGACCACCUUCGUGACGGCUGGCCCGAGCUUACCCAAGGUCUGGAAACGUUGCUUUCUUGGGAAGAUGGUGACGUGGGUGAUAUUUUUAUGCGCACCUAUGAAUUCAGCUUUGAAUCCGUUGGCCGAAUUGAAACCGUCGAUAUGCAGAGAGUGGACCGCGACGCCGCAUGGCCAGUUCCUGCAAGAACCUCUGCUCCGAGCUCUGCUACCGAUGCUAAAGCAUGGUCUACCCUGCCGCACCUCUUUGACCCAGCAAUCGCAAGCCCGCCGUCAUCCUCGGUGGCUGAAUCCGUUUCUGUGCCCUCCAUCUCGGGUGGCACUAUCACCUCCAAACCCACUUCUUUGGAAUUCCAGUCUCCGACACCCCCAGCUGAUGAGGCCUCUCUUGUCACCAAUGAGAAUCGGCAUCAGUUCGUCAAGGACUACAUCUUUUGGCUCACUGACAAGUCAAUCCGGCCCCAAUUUGAGGCAUUCCUUCGUGGGUUCUACACGUGCCUUGAUCGAUCCGCUCUGUCGAUUUUUACCCCCGAGUCGCUGAAGAGUGUGGUUGAGGGCCUUCAGGAGAUUGAUAUCCAAGAGCUUGAGGAUCAUGCGCGCUAUGAGGGUGGCUUUGGGCCGGACCAUCGUGUCAUCCAGGACUUCUGGAGUGUCGUCAAAGAGUACUCGCCCGAAAAGAAGGCGCAUUUACUGGAGUUUGUGACUGCGAGUGACCGAGUUCCUGUCAACGGGAUUUCGAGUAUCAUGUUUAUGAUCCAAAAGAAUGGCGUGGGCGAUUUGCGUCUUCCAACCAGCCUGACCUGUUUCGGUCGUCUGCUGCUCCCGGAGUACUCGUCUCGAGCGGCCCUUGCCCAGAAGUUGGACAAGGCCCUAGAGAAUGCGCAGGGUUUCGGUACGGCGUGA